AUGGCUAAGAAGACUGAGGCAGUCGGUGCUACCGCCCCACCAAUGGAGCAGAGACACAGCACACAAGCAGCAAUGAGAUUUAUCAGCUACUUCGAGAACCUGGUACGCGAAAACCAAGAGUUGAGAAACAUCAACCGUCAGAAUCGAAUGGGGGGCACGACGGCUCAAGGGCCGACGGAGGAUGCUGCAGAGAACGAGAUUCCGCCAGACACACCGUCUUCUGGCGACCUUAGCCAUAACCCGGUGCUCCAGGAGAAGCCAUGGUUUCUCUCCGUCAGGUCAUCAAAUAUCCCUAUCCUUAUAGGAGAAGUUGCAGACGCAGCGUUCGCGACGCGGUUUCGUCAACUACUCACAAAUCAAGCCCUUCACCAUACACUGCGUGUCAGUUAUCCUGAAAACAGGCAGAUAAUGGCACUUAUUCAAGCUGAGUGCCUUUUUCCAAGGCCUACUAACGCUCGAUUCUUGGUUCGAGUAGCUCUUAAGAGCCUGGAUGGGUACUUUCACAUUCUCCGGAACAGCCGCGUGUGGGAACUGCUGGAACAGUCUCUCCAGGCACUUCAUACAGUCGAUUCAAUAUCUCAGUGCAAGCUCAUGGCUCUAUUUGCUUUGGGGGAGCUAUACUCCAGCUCUUGUCGGGCUCAAGAGACAGCAACUCCUGGCUUGGCCUUUUUUAGUCACGCGAGUAAGGCUCACGGUCUGCUCCAGGAGCGGCCCUCUGUUGAUACGAUAGAGGUUUCUCUCCUCUUGUGCCUCUAUACCCUCUGCAUCAACAGGCGCCAUUCAGCUUAUUUCUUAGCAAGCUCUGCCGUACGGCAUUGUCUGGUAAUGGGACUGCACUUCGACUUACCCGAAGCUCAGCUAGAUGAUCCGGAAACAAAGGAGCACCUUAAUCGACUAUGGUGGACAGCAUAUAUCAUGGACCAUAUAAGUGCGUCGGUUAGUAGCCAGAUUGUCUCUGUAAGUGACGAUGAGAUCUUUGUCCAUCUACCAUCAGACACAAGAGUUACCGACAUACGGCACACCGAUUUCCAGCAUACAGAACUGCUUAUUUCAAGGAUCCAGCUGGCAAAAGCGACAAAAUGCAUGAUCAAAUCCGUGUAUGGAAGGACACAAGAGGCGGAACCGUUCCUCCAGAGAGUCCAACAUGCUUUGAGAGAUCUGAAACAAUGGCUUCAGAGACUACCGAAUGAUAUGAAGAUAGAUUCAGAGUCCUCGCACUCAAAACCGGCAGCAGUUCAAUCUCUUCAUCUUGCUUUCAACCAGUGCGUAAUUGUGGCAACUCGGCCAGUGCUUUUGCAUAUGUUGCGGAUGCAAAAAGAGUCCAAAGGGGAUACCCCAGCCACAGCUGACCGGAUGAUCUCAAACAAUGUCCAAGUUUUGGGAGACGCAUGCAUCAGAUGUGCUCGACAUUCAUAUGCCACAGUUAUCGAGUCCUGGGUUGAAGGUUCGUUCAGAACAUUUGACUAUUUCAACACACGAUACCUCUUCUCAGCAGCAACAAUCCUAGCUAUAUCCAGCCUUAUGGGUGACUCUGAAAGCUCUGCGGAUCGAGAAAGUUUUGACUUUGCUGGUCAACUUCUAGAGAAGCUUCGCGAUUCCGGAAGUUUCUCCGCCACAGAGUUCUGCCGUCAUAUUGAGGCGAUGAGGGAAGAUAUUCAUGGCUAUUUAUCUACAGAACUCUCAUCACUAGAUAAUGAGGUAGCGGUGGGCGUUUUGGCUGCUCCAGAGGUGUCAAGUCUCCCUGACAACACGGUCCAGUUUACUCAGUUUAUGACGUCGGGAAUGGCACUGGCGGAGCCGUCCUUAGAAGCAUUUUUGCAAAGCGAACAAAGCUUACCACACGUAGACUUCUUGUUGGACAAUGCUCAUUCGGGUUGCCUUUACUGGCCCAGUUAUGAUUCUGUAUAA